AGGGCGGAGUGGCAGCCAACAUGGACGUGGUCAGGGAGAGCGCGUGGAGUAGUUUAUCUGUUAAACUUCACCAGAAUAUUCUUCAAACCCUCGAAGAGAUCAAGUUCACUGACAUGACACCUGUGCAGUCCGCGUGUAUUCCGCUGUUCAUGAGCAACAAGGAUGUGGCUGCUGAGGCGGUGACCGGAAGUGGAAAAACACUCGCCUUUGUCAUUCCUGUCAUCGAGCUGCUCCUGAAGCGAGAGGAGAAACUAAAGAAGAUGCAGGUCGGCGCUCUGGUGAUCACUCCCACCAGAGAACUGGCUCUCCAAAUCAGUGAAGUGAUGGACAUGUUCCUCCAGAAGUUUCCACAGUUUACGCAGAUCUUAUUGAUUGGAGGCAGUAACCCGGCAGAGGAUGUGGAGAAGUUCAAGGAUCAAGGGGCAAACAUUGUCAUCGCGACGCCCGGCCGCCUGGAGGACAUGUUCAGGAGGAAGUCGGAGGGUCUGGACUUGGCCAGCGCCGUCAGGAGUCUGGAUGUUCUGGUUCUCGACGAGGCCGACAGACUCCUCGACAUGGGAUUCGAGGCCAGUCUGAACACCAUCCUAAGCCACCUGCCCAAACAGAGACGGACAGGUCUGUUUUCAGCCACUCAGACUCAGGAGCUGGAGAAGCUGGUGAGGGCCGGCCUCAGGAACCCUGUACGCAUCACAGUCAAAGAGAGGGGCGUGGCCAGUGCCGUCGCCGCUGUGCAGAAGACCCCGUCCAGGCUGUCCAACUACUACACUAUGUGUAGAGCGGAGGAGAAGUUCAACAUCCUGGUGGCCUUUCUAAGGCAACACAAGCAUGAGAAACUCCUGGUUUUCUUCAGCACCUGCGCUUGUGUGGAGUUCUAUGGCCGAGCUCUGGAGGUGCUGGUGAAGAAAGUCACGGUCCACUGCAUUCACGGCAAGAUGAAGAACAGACGCAACAGCAUCUUCGCAGAAUUUCGGGCGCUGAAGAGCGGGAUCUUGGUGUGCACCGACGUCAUGGCCAGAGGCAUCGACAUCCCCGACGUGAACUGGGUUCUGCAGUAUGACCCUCCCAGCAGCGCCAGCGCCUUUGUGCACCGAUGUGGGCGGACAGCACGGAUCGGUAACUAUGGCGACGCCCUUGUGUUUCUGCUGCCGAUGGAGGAGUCUUACGUCAAUUUCCUGUCCAUCAACCAGAAGUGUCCGCUCCAGAAGAUGGCGUUGAUAAAGGAUGUGGUGGACGUGCUGCCCAAAGUAAAGGCCCUGGCUCUGGCGGACCGGGCCAUGUUCGACAGAGGCAUGAGGGCCUUCGUCUCGUAUGUGCAGGCCUAUGCCAAACAUGAGUGUAGCCUCAUCUUCAGAGUCAAAGACCUGGACUACGCUUCACUGGCUCGCGGCUUCGCGCUCCUCCGCCUGCCGAAGAUGCCUGAGCUGAGGGGGAAGACGUUUGCAGAGUUCACGGAGACGACACUGGACACGGACACCAUCCGUUACAAGGACAAGCACAGGGAGAAGCAGAGGCAGAAGAUGCUGGCCGAGCUCAGAGAAAGGGACCCGACACCCAGGAGGCGCUUUGUGAAGAAUAAGGCCUGGUCCAAACAGAAGACCAGGAAGGACCGCCGGAAAAAGGCGGCAGCCAAGCGGAAGCACAAUGAGGGCUCUGACGUGGACGAUGAAGAUAUGAAGGAGCUGUUGAACGACACUCGCCUCCUCAAGAAGCUAAAGAAAGGUCACAUAACUGAAGAAGACUUUGAGCAGCAGAUCACAAGCAAACCAAAGACAAACCCACUCAAGACAGAGAUGAACUCUGAUAUUUAAGGAACUUUACUGGGGAAUCGUGAAGCAACAGUUAUAAAUAAAGUUUGAUGAGUUCAUCGCUGACGGCUGAUGGCGUGAGGACUCCAAGGUCGGUGAAGAGGAGGGUGAUGAGAGAAGGAGGCGUGUAAUCGAUAAUUGGAUGCUCCUCUGACAGGUUCUGCACGGCCUUCAGGGUUUCAGCUUUGUACUGUAGAGGUCAGGAAAAAAAGCAUGUCAGGAAAUCUGAAUGGAUGAAGAAGAAAAAAAACAACUUGAGAGGGAAGUUAGACCUUAAAUUUAUCCGGCACGUCCUGCUGGUUGAGCGGAUACAGACGUACGAAUUUGAAACUCUCUGCUACGACGUAGAAGGGUUUGUUGUGAGCUUUGGAGCACAACGCCAUCUGAUAGGUGCCAAUCUGUGAAACAAACAACAAACUCAUCAAGCACAAGGGACAACUGGUUUAAAAAGAUACGCCAACAUUUAGGGAAUUGCUACAGGCAUCCUGAAGGGGGAAAUUCUUCUGAAUGGAGAUGUAGAAGGAAACAACAUCCUCAUCCCUGUGUUGAAUAUCUGGCAAAGCUACUGUUGCCGCAUUAGGCAGGCGGGAAAUUUGUCAGAACGAGUUAUUGGAUGCACAGGUAAGAAAAAAUACUGGCUGGUCAAGCUCUUUGGUUGAUGGCAAAUCUCCCAAAUGUUGGCAUAUUUCUUUAACACGGUGCAAAUUCAACCACAACAAAAGGAGUUACGCUGGAAAACACAUAUUUACAUCAGCCUCAGAACAUUACGUGACAGACAUGUAGGCGGCUUUCAGAGCAGGUCUACGAUGUACCACACCAAGAAACUAGGCUGGCAGCAAAGAAAUACUGUGCACCCAGGGCCGGAUCUUGAGGGCCACAUGCUCAAAACGGUCCCUGCCCUUAAGUGAAACUUUCAUUUUGUAAGAUGUCAUUAAAACAUGUUCUUAAAGAACUAAAGCCAUAGAAAUUAUUAACAAGGAUCUUUAAGCUUCGUGGUUUUUAUUGCUGCAGAUUGUGUUGACAACUUGACUCGUGAAACCAUCUCGAGCCCUGCGUACGUUGAACAGGCUUCGUGGAGCAAAGCUCUGGUUU